CCAGGUCCACCACCACGGCACGCCCACGCCCACCGAUCGGGCUCCCAGGAUGAUGGCGGUCGGUGGAAGACACGACACCGUAUGCCCUCCUGUCGGCGGAUCGAUCGACCCAGAUGGAUCUGAGAGUCUGAGCUGAGUACGUACGUACGCACGUUCACUGUUACAGCGUUACGCAUCCGGUACACGUCACAUGUCAGUCAGUGGCACACGGUGAAACUCGGCAGCCGGAUUCUUCUGCCACUGCAGUCCAGGCCAGGUCCAGUCACCGCGGCGACACGAGCGUGGAUCCGCUCCGGGUUCCAUAUGCCGCGCGCGUGUUGGUUUUCGCACGGCCGGCACUGGACCACGGGGUGCCGCGCCACCUACUGGGCGGGGGCGGGGGCCGUGGUCCGUGGACACAGGCGCGGCAACAAUCACUGCUAGACUUCGCCCAAGGGUUAACAGCAGCAGCGACGUCAUCAUCUAUAUCUAUGCCUCGCCACCAUCGAUCGACGGAUUCGAGAGUGUCAGGAAUGGAUAUGGACUUCACCUCCCCGGCUGCCACUUCGACAGCAGCCGCAGCGACGACGACGUUCGAGCCGCCUGCCGCUGCUGUCGUCGUCGCAGGCCCACUUUCGGCGGCGGCGUGGCGCCAGCUCCCGUUCCCCCCGUUCGCGGCCGCCAGCUCGACGGCACCCACACCACCCUGCAGGUCCCCUCCCUCUCCUCCCGCCGCCGCCGCCGCACUCAAACGCACCGCCAUGGCCGCAGCGCGACAAGGGCCGGCGGGGGCGGGAGCAGACGCCGCGGUGGAGGACAGGAUGGACCUGCUGUGGGAGGACUUCAACGAGGAGCUGGCGCGCGGCCUGUGGCCGGAGUCCUCGGACUACUCGUCGGACGCGGAGUCGGAGCCCGCGGCGGCCCGCGGGUGCGCCCCUGCGCUGCGCCCCUCGUCCAGGGCCGGCGCGGCCCGGCACUGCCGCCGCCGCGCCGGCACGUGGGUGCUGCUCAUCAGGAUCUUCCGGAGGCUCUUCGUCAUCGAGAAGACCGUCGCCGCGGCCACGGCGAGGGCGAGCUGACGCGACGCGAGCGUGCUUGCGCAGCCAAUGCGAGCCCCUCUUCCCACGCAGGCAACUGGCGCCUCCAGCCCUCCAUGGAUGGUACGGUGUGCUGCUGAGCCUAAAGUGCGAGCUGCCUCUUCGAGGAAGAACCGUGCAUGCAUGCUUCCUAUGCGAAAACGUACGGUGGCUAGUAAAUUAUACUGCUGCUCCAUUAGAGUAGAGACACGUUCUUGACGCUGCAAAUAAAUAGGGUUCAGUUGUUCAUCGUGAGCAGAUACAGAGAAAAAUAGAGCGGUGCCGUAGUCAUGUCACUAUUUCUUCAUUCUCCAUUUCUCCCACUGUUAAAUUGGCAUUAUUCCAAUUUCAAUCAUGUUUUAAGAAUCCAUCAAUAGUACAAAUGUAAAUUGGCAAAUUCUUCUUUUUGUGCAACUUUAUUAGUCACGAGACGCUGUCCU